CGCCUCGCUGUAAUGUUACUUUUAGUUUGAUGUCGGAGCGGAGCGGUCGUAAGCGAGACUUUAGUGUGCGACUCCGUGCCGAUCCGCCGGGUUUUUAGUUCGAGAAUCGGACUCUGAAUCAGAAUCGAAACCGAAAGUGCUUCGCUCGGCGUGAGUGCUUGUGUGUGUCUGUGUCUGUGACUGUGCCUGUGCCUGUGAUGCUUUGCUACCCCCGAAAAAGCAAAGCACAGCAUAAAACUGUGCGCGAGUUCACUCACGGGUGUGAGUGCGAGUGUGCUGCGUGCCUGUGUGUGUGUGAGUGGUAGUGCCCGAUUGCCAGUGUGUGAGUGACACGCCACGGAAGGAGAAGAAAGGCAACAGCAACGGCAAAGGCGAAGAAAAGAAAACCAACCCCCACCCGAAACAAAAGAAAGGAAGAAAAAAAAAACCAAACGCGAAAACAACAACAGAAAGCACACACACACACACCACCCACUCUUUGGAAAACAGCGUCAUCGCUACGCGGCGAUCGUCGUGUGUGGAAUAGUGCAUUUCCUAAAAUAUUCUAGUAUUUCUUUAAAGAAAAACAAACGCGGAUCGUGAAAACUACGCCGGCCUGUGAGGCCCCCCUGGAAAACCCUCCAACUAAUAUACACCAUAAAUACAACUCUAAUCAAGUGCGCCCCCACCCGCCCCAAAAGAACCUGACAUGAUGAACUUCUCCGCGUUCGGCGGCCCCUUCUCCGGCAUCCAUCAGUUUGCCGCUAAAUUCGAUGCCCAGACGCCCGGCCCCUUCGGCACGCCCCCCGGCUCGGCCGCCUCCGCGGCGAAUGCAGCAGCCGCAGCGGCAGCGGCCGGCACCGAUAACCAUGUGCAGCGCUAUCAGACCAACGGCAAUCACUUUAAUCAGAAUGUGCCCAACGUUUCGGCUGCCAACAACAUGCAAUAUGGCCAGAAUAUAUCCAUACCGUACUCCUCGCAGCCCCAGGGCGAUCUGAACUUUCUGAAUGCAGCCGAUCAUAAGGGUAAAAUCCAUCCAAAAAUCGAACGUGACCGGGAAGAAGUCCUCAACCAGCAGCUCCUGCAGAAUGUCAACCAAUCCUGGCAGACGCUGGCCAACACAGCCAACACGGUGGACUACUCGUCGCACCUGCUCUCCGCCACACUGCCCAUCUCCAUACAGCACUUCCUCAAGUACUCCGAGACCAUCAAGAAGGAGUCCACCAGCGAUGUCCUGAAGAAUGGCACCAACUUGGCCAGCCUGGCGCUGGGGGGCGUGGCCCUGACGCCCAGCAAUAACGGGGCCAAUGGCGGCCACCACAACGGAUUGGUGGGCAUGGACCAUGGCGGCCAUAUGACCAAUAUGACGGACGCCAACGGAGCGGCGCUCACGAACGGAGCCACCAACGGCGUCAAUGGGAAUGCCAAUGGCGCGGUCACCAAUGGUGGGGCCGGAGCUGUUUCCAGCACCGCAUCCGUGGGCACGACGAACGCCAGCGGCGGUACGGGCACGGCCACCGGCAAGAAGACCAAAAAGAAGAAACCACCAAAGGAGAAGAAGCCGCGCCCCAAGCCGGGCGAGAUCCGCGAGACCAAGGCGCUGGACGGCUCGACGCUCUACUGCUGCCCGGAGUGCCAGAUGGCCUAUCCGGACCGCAGCCUCAUCGAGCAGCAUGUCAUCUCGCAUGCCGUGGAGCGGCGGUUCGUCUGCGAUAUUUGCAAUGCGGCGUUGAAGCGCAAGGAUCACCUGACCAGGCACAAGCUCUCCCACAUACCGGACAGGCCGCAUGUGUGCAAUAUCUGCAUGAAAUCGUUCAAACGCAAAGAGCAGCUAACUCUGCACAUUGUCAUCCAUUCCGGCGAGAAAAAGCAUGUUUGCAUUGAAUGUGGAAAAGGUUUCUAUCGCAAGGAUCACUUGCGCAAACACACGCGCUCCCACAUCGCCCGGCGUGUCAAGUCGGAGGUUUCGGCGCAAAACGUCAACGGAUCCGGUGGUGGAGGUGGCGGCGGUGGAGGUGGUGCCGGUGCCAACAACAGUGCACAGAGCAAUACGCUGCACGGUUCCUGAGGAUCGUACAAGGACUUCUGGUAAACUCCCAGACGAAUUUCAAGCCAUUGAGGCGUCCGGGCUGUUGACGGCGGCGGGCAGUUAGAUUGCUCGCGGUCGGUAGCAGACUGGAGGCCUUUGAAAUUCGCUGGGGGCUUACCGGGGGUCCUGCUGAGCGUCACCCAACUCCAAUUACAAUAACCCUCUCAAAAAAAAAAAAACAAGAAUAUUAAGAAAGAAAUACUUACAGGAUGCAAGUAUUAGUACGAUUUUGUUCACGACACUUUCAGUUCUUUAGCUUUAGUUCUUUCAGUUGAGAUUUUCGCACAAAUAAAAAAAACAGAGUCGCAGAGCAAAGUAUAUAGCAAUCGAAAUGUACAAAUCAGCAGAAGCCGAAGCAGUAGCAGUAUCAGUAGCAGAAUGACAGAUUCAAAUUCGAGUUUAGUAUGCGCAUAUGUUAAGGACAAGAGGAGCUCGUCGUGUCGCGUCUCGUGGCUUUCGUUUCUUUUUGGGUGUCUGUGAUCUGUAGUCGCUGCAUAAACAAAACGAGAUGAUCGAGGCCGAUCGAAAGCUGUUCUAAGAAUCAGUUAUAAUGUCUGCAACCGAUAAACAUACAUACAUACAUAUAUGUGCAAUUUUAAGAAAACAUUUUCAUUUGCCUUUUGUUCAUUACUUUAAAAUUAAUUAAAUUACAUAACAUUACAUAACAUUAAAUGGAUAAAAAAUGUGUUUCUCAUUGGCGAGAAUUCUCAUUAUGAAUUAUGGAAGCGCACUAUGAAGCAUUUUUAAGGAAGUAGGAGGAAGAGCUCUAAAAGCGAAAUUUGUACUUCUAGUCUUGUAUUUUAUUUUACCGAUAGGCAUACAUAGAGGUCGAGGUCAUGUAAUCUUAAGCUUUUUAAAAACUUGAAUGUUCAAAAAAAAGGAGAAUUCAAAAGUCACACACACACUAAACGCAAUACGAACUUGCAUCUUUGCAUGCCCAAGCUUCCAGCCAUCGUCAUUGUUUGCAACUGCAAUAUCUAUACAGUAAUUACCUAUAUCCAGCUUACCAAUCAAUAACUGAUAACCACAAAUAGCA